CCAAGAGCAGCAGCAGCAUCGACCAGGUCGAGGCAACAGCUGCACCAAAUAUACCUCAGUGUGGCGUAGACGGAGGCAGGAGGAGGCAAGCUUCUCCAUGGCUGCCAGAACUCAACACUCCACCAUUAACACCUACCAUCAUAUUCCUACCUGCAGUGGCCACCAGCCCCGUUGUGUUUUUGGUAGUUUCUUCUUCCUCCCUCCCAGAAAUAUGUAAAAAAAGGGAGGAAGGUAUCUGCUGAUAGUGUUUUUGAGAGAUAUAUAACGCAGUUGUCUCGUCUAAAGGCGGAACUGCUUCCCCUGAUCUGGUCACCUCAGUUGGACUGGUGGUGAGCGAGGCAAGAUGGGCAAGAUGGGCAAGGAGGGUGGUCAUGUAUGGGAGUAUAACUUUACUGACAUGGCGUUCCUCAACGCCACCCAUCAUGACUGGCACACUAUCAUCAACACUACUGAGGAUGACUGGCACACUACCGUCAAUAUUACUGAGGAUGACUGGCACACUACCGUCAACACUACUGAGGAUGACUGGCACACUACCGUCAACACUACUGAGGAUGACUGGCAGAUUAAUGUCAAUGCUACCUUCCUAGGGUCGCUGUUUUCGUGCGACAAGUGGAGCCAGCCUCAGCAUCUGCUCUUCCAGCUGGCCAACGGCUGUUUUUUCGUCAGCUAUCUGGCUCCCUCGCAGCGGAAAGGACUCCUCUUCAUGCAUCUCAUUCUUAUACUCGGAUUCUUGCUGUACUCAACGUGGGCGUGGAAUGUGAUCUGCGCCCCAGAUGUCUUCUCCUGGAACUUCACCUUCAUGCUGCUUAACAUGGGUCAGACGCUCUACAUUAUCUACCAGAUGCGACCUGUUAAGGUCAACAAGGAGUUGGAAGCCAUGUAUGAAGCGCUCUUCCAGCCCCUUAAUGUGCCACGGCUGCUGUUCAAGAGGUUGGUGUCGGUGGAGUAUGCGCAGGUGAUGUCACUACACGCAGGUGAGGCCUAUGCUAUGCAGAACCUCACUCGCACUGAUAGGCUGGGACUACUACUCUCUGGGAAGGUUAACGUGAUGGCUGAGAAUCAGUUCCUUCAUUCCAUCACUAACAUGCAGUUCCUUGACUCACCUGAGUUCGAGUCGUCAAGGGCGUCCUUGGAGGAUAAAUUCAAGGUGUCUAUCAUCGCGGCGACGUCAUGUAGGUAUGUGUUCUGGCAGAGAACUAGUCUGGAGUAUUUGUUUGUGAAGGAAUCAUACCUAGCUACUGUCCUCUCUACCAUCAUAGCCAGAGAUAUUACCACUAAACUCUACAACAUGAACCAGAAG